AUGUUAACUCUACCUUCACCUGGUGGCGGUAAUGAUCUCUUAUCUUGCGUAGCAAACUGUAGUACUUCAGGUGGUUAUGUGUCUGUUCCAAUAACACCUUUUUGUACCGAUUACAGUAUUCCUUUACAACUGACUAUUGGACAACGUUCCGAUAUUGUUAAUAUUUCUGCAGGAUCACAUUUCACCGUUGCCUUUCGCGAUCAUGCUUGGCAACCUUUAGCAUUAUAUUCCAGUAACUCAGGUAUGGACUGGAGUAUUGCUUGCUCAAUCGAUCUAAGUAUAAGACCAGAUGGUAAACUGAAUACCCCACCAGUUGCCACAAUGAUAUCACCUAUAAAUAUUCCUGCUGGUAUAACACAGUAUAUACCAAUACCAAUAUUAGAUGCGGACAAUGAUUAUCUAAAAUGUCGAUAUUCUACUAAGACACCUGUUGACGAAUGUGGUGAUGUCUGCCAACCUUCAUCAUUACCUAAUGGGACAACAAUUUUUCCAAAUUGUACAUUGGCUAUUACUGGUGUAAAAAGUAACGAUUGGUAUGCUGUUGCUAUUCAGGUUGAAGAUUUUUGGAAUAGUACAACAACAACCGCAUUUUCGUCUGUUCCCAUUCAAUUUCUCAUCCACGUUUACACUUCACCAUCGUGUACAGUUCGUCCACCAUUAAUCGGUGCUGUUCUGUCGAAUGCAUGCAUUGGUAUUCAAGUUGGUCAACCAUUCACAAUGGAAUUAGUUGCGGAAAAUAAUUGUGGAACAAAUACAAGUAUAACUGAUAUUGGUACCUCUAACAAAGUUCAAUCAGAACAAUACUGUGUUACAUUCUUUGUUGGUACCAGUAGUGUAGGACUGUGUCCGGGUGAAACAACAACAACAACGACUGCUAACUCAACUGAUGCGGUGAUAACUGCACUAGCAUCAGAAUCAAAUAGUACUAACCUUGGUCUGAUAAUUGGGUUAUCAGUUGCCCUCCCAUUAGCUCUUCUUUGUUGUUGGUGUUGCUUGUUGCGAUACCUUUCAUGUUUCAAACGUCGCCGUAAGGAACGAAAGGAUGACAAACAAUGCAAAAAAUAUUUAACCCCUAAACUAACUCGUACGGACACCUUAAAAUCAUCUUCGUCAAUCGCACGAACAUUAACGACACUCCGAGAUAGCAGUGAUUUUGUAGAGAAAAUUGGAAAACCAUUCAUGGACCAUGACAACGUAAAGAGUUCAUCUGAAAAUGAUGUUAGUGCUCGUAGUUCGAAAGACACGUUAGAAAGUAGCACAGUAGGAACAGGCAUCAGUGUUAUCAAAGUGAAACGAGUUGAUAGACCUACAGUGGGAGAGAAUGCAAAAGUAGAAAAUAGUAAUACUGAUUUAUCUCAAAUAGAUAUUUUACCUCCUUUGAUUUUCGAAGAAAAAGAACGUAGUACAAUUAGAUCACGGACUGUCGGAAGUGUUAGUGUACUUAAAUUGAAACGGUCAUCCACAAAUUUACCUAUGCCUUGUUUCCAAACAACAAUGAAAAAAUCAGCAAAUAUUAGCAAACGCAAAAAUGAGCAAUGUGCUGAUAAUGCAAAUAGAACAAAACUAACAGUUACGAAAAUAAAACGUUUAUCGGCGUCAGACCCCGUACUGGAUACGAGUGAUAGAACUGUAAAACGUGAAAGCAGAAACACGGUAAUUCACGUACCACGGUUUGAAAGAGGUUUAGAAAAAAUGGUUAAAGCUAAAGAGGAGUUAGUAGCAGAGCAACCAAUACGCUCUCGAAGUAUCAGUGUCUCAGGUGUCACUGUCACAAAAGUAAGUCAUCCUUAUCCAUCUUCGUCCGCUACAAAUACGAUUAAACAAUAG